CAUAGUUGACGCACGUAUGUUGCUAGUGCUCGUAAAAGCAGCCGUGGCAUCUGCCACGUCUCGACAAUGAGCGCCGCCGAGACGUCGAUCUGCAUUUCCGUGCUGUGCGUUUAUCUGUUCAGGGCUGCGCCGUCACCUCGCGACGCAAAUCGUCCGGCUUACGCGAACCAGGCUUCCUUGGAGAUCCUGCCAAGCGGGGAUACGCAGACGAAGCCAAUCGGUUCCAGCAUCAUCCUGACGUGCAAACCGAAGGUCGAGGACACGAAGCUCAUCAGGGACAUGCAAUGGGUCGAUCCACAGAAUCGUGUGAUCGAGUCGCUGAAACUCGUCGUUUUGCCGAUCGAAAGCACGUUCCCUGGGCAUACGAAACCACUGAUGUACACCGAAUUGCACCAGGAUAACAGCUUGUCUUUGUUCUUCAAUUCGUUGCAAGAGGAACAGGCUGGUAAAUACAUGUGCAAAGGAACUUACGCGAAUUCCAUUCUCCUGGAGAAGUCGGUGACGAUCGAUACCAUAGUUGCGAUCACCUGGGACAAUGCACCCUCCAAUCAAUAUCCCAUUCUGGGAGAGGACUUCGCUAUUCAGUGCAAAGUACGGGCAAGGCCUUCGCCAUCGGUUGACUGGCUGUACAACGGGGAAUUAAUUAAGACGAACGACCACUACAUUAUAGACACGUACGCCCUGAAGAUCAAGAACGUUCAAGAAUCUGACGACGGUAUCUACACUUGUCGUGCUUCGGUAUUGACUACCGGCGAGUUGAAAGAACGACCUAUCCGUGUCGAGGUUCACGUGCGACCCACCGUGGAGGAGCUGUCCAGUCCGGUGAACAUAAUCGAAGGGGAAAACGCGGACAUACGGUGCAAGGCUCGCGGCAAACCGCCACCAAAAUUCACCUGGGUGAAAUCGUUGACCCAGCAGAAUCUGUCGAAUGCCGAUCGGUUCGGUGUGGACGCGGACACGGGUGUGUUGACGAUCACCAACGUGAACAGGGAGGACGCGGGGGAGUAUCAAUGCACGGCGACGAACGCGGCCGGUACGGCUAGCACGAACAUCAAGGUGAACGUGAUAGUGAAACCAAAGAUCAUGGAGUUCGUGAACAGCACCGUGGUGCAGGACAAAGAAGCGAAUCUCGUCUGCAAAGCCUUUGGCCGUCCACCUCCCCAAGUCACGUUCAGAAAGCACACAUCGGAGAAGCCUUACGUGAAUGGAGCUCAACCCGACGACGACAGGAUUAUCCUGACGAAUCAGGCCGACGUCACCACCGGUGAAACGGUCGGUACUUUGACGAUCCACGAGGUUUUCAGAUCAAACGACGGCCUUUACGAGUGUAUCGCUCAGAAUGCCGGGGGUGAGGCGCACAGAAACGGACACCUUACCGUCGAAUUUCCACCCUCGUUCGCGUCCAUGUCGAAUAAGACUGUCUGGUCGUGGGAACAGAGGCCGGUGAACAUAAGCUGCAUCGCUGAUAGCAUACCGAACGCUACGAUACGCUGGACCAUAAACGGAGAUCGCAAGAUCGACAAUGAUAACAUGAUCAAGCAGUUAGGUAACGGACCGCUCUCGACGUUGAUGAUCGUACCGCUCGACAGACGGUAUUACACCACUUACAAGUGUAUCGCCUCGAACACGCAUGGAACGCGGGAGCAUAACAUCGAGCUGAGGGAAGCCACGAGACCUGGCGAAGUACUACAGGUGAAGAUGGCCGAGAUCACCGCGACCACGAUCAAGUUCGACCUGGUACCGCCCGCCACGCAACCUGAAUUACCCGUCCGAACCAUCGUCGUACAAUACAAGAAGGACGGCCAGACCUGGAUGGAGGCUAAGAACAAAACGUGGUCCGUCGGCUCCUUGUACGUGCUGGAAGACCUGAAACCGCAGACCCCCUACGAGUUCCGUUUCGCAGCUAGGAACGAGGUGGGCGUAGGCAAUUGGGGUGGUUAUCAUCAGGAAACUACACCCGUUAGAAAUUCACCGAACGAGCCGAAGAUCAUAACAGCCGGUGCCGAGUACGAUUUGUCCACGUACAACAAUCAAUACCAAUUGAGAUGGACGAAACCCGCCGACAACGGCGAACCCAUCGACAUGUACCAGAUCAAGUACUGUCGGGUGAAACGCAUCUCCGGUGGGUGGGAAGUGUUGGAAGACACCUGCGAAACUCAAGUAAUCAGAAACACGCUCAGCUACUGGUUGAAGAAUCUUCAAUCGGACACAUUUUACACGGUGGAAUUGAAGGCGCACAACGCGAUAGGUUUUAGUCAACCUGGCUCGGCGAAGUUCAAAACUGCAAGGGAAUCUCCGGGCCUCAAUGUGGACUACAAUAUAGAUACUUCCGCUGGAGGUACUCGCAAGCUCGACGUGACCGCCAUUGCCACAGCAAUAACGAUCCUAAUCCUAGCCAUUUAAAAAAACAGAAAAAAAAGAAACAGAAACAAAAAACAAAAAAAAAGAUACAAGAAUAUAACAAAAAAAAAUAUAAAAAGAUCGUCGUGAGGAACGGUCACACUCUGUUCACUGCUCUAAUGAAAUUCGUUUAGUGGUACACGUUAGAGGUGCUAAUGCGAAUACUCGUACCGUAUAUCCUGUCGGUCAUACACCAAGGAAAAAAAAAUAACAUACACUAUGGACAGGAGACGAAACACUUCUCGCGUGUACGUUCGUCCGUGUUCUUUUGUCCAUCUUUUCUUCUCGCGAUCGAACGCGUGGAAAACAGCUCGUCAAUUAUCCGGAACACGCGGUUGUGUUCGCACGCACGAGCAGUGUUGUAAAAGUGAGUCGAAUAAACCGGUGCACAACAUUCCGUGAGAUAAUAUGGGUUAUAUUAGCGGAUAUAAGUGGGUUCGUUGACAAAGUUUGCGAUAGCAGUGAGAAACAUUUUUUUUGUUUUUUUUUUUUUUGCUGGACAGAGAGAGAGAGAGUGAAAAAAAGACGCGGUGCGAAGCGUUUAAUUAUCAUGGUAAUUAACACUUUGAUGGCCCGUGUCGCGCGACUUUGAUACUUUUAUCGUGUAAGAAUCUCGUGAAAAUUGUAGGUGGCAGUUUGGAAAUUAUUUGUAGGGGUACGUUAACCCUCGAACGAUGAAUUUUGGAGAAUCAAGGAAAUGGUCCCUGUUUCAAUGAUCCAUGGAUCGAGGGUUAAUGGAAGGUCAAAGAAAUGGUCCCUGUUUCAAUGAUCCAUCGAUCGAGGGUUAAUGGUACCUUCGAAUAUUGAAACGACACUUGAAAUUAGAGAGCUUGUAAAUUUCUUGAAUCUCAGUGGCCCUUAAAGUGUUAAAUGUUCGCCAGUUACCGAACGUGCCGAUACGUUUCUGCCAUUACGCUAAGGUUAACACGCUUUGGUGGUUCUUUCGAGGAUUCGCGGUUCAUCUGACGUCAGAUACGAUCGAUACGAUGACGAUGACGAUCGCGAUGGGAAGACCCGGUGCAGGUAACAAUUUUUACACGCUCAAUCGUAUAGACUAAAGGAGAAUCAGGCUGAGAUGGUUCGAGUGCUUCUAGUUCGAAGUUUCUGAUCGAUGGGUGUAACUUUGCGAUUGCAUCGUCAGCGAUGCACUCGAACGGUAUCUGUACGAAUAACGUGGAUCUGCGUUAGCGAGAGGCUUUAUUGGCCUAAGAUUUACUGCCUUAAAUUGCCAAAUGCCUAGUGUUAGAACGCGAGGUACUGAUAGCAGAGGGAGGGAGUGCUCGGAUAACACGGUCCAACAAAUUUCAGAUUCCUUUUCAUGUAUCACGAUAUCCACUUUGUAUAUUUUAUAGAAAUUUGUGCCCUGGUUGCGAAUCUGCAAACUUCUGUUUUUCAUCCCCUUCGGUUUUUGAGAAAUUUCAUUUUGAACAGAAAAUUCAAACUCAUUUUUCUGUAAUAAAAUAUAAAGAUUUACAGAUUCGUAGUCGAAAAAAAAUGCAUCAAUUGGUAUGAAGAUAGAAAUUAGUCGUUGGACAGUGUAAUCGAUUAAUUAAGGAUUUCUACAUUUCGAGGUGCGAUUUCUCUUUAUUUCCAAAAAGGGGAAAGAGGUUUCUUGUUUCGCGCCACUUCGUAGAGUACAAAUAUUUUUCGAGAGGAAAUUUUUUCGCGAUUACUAUGAUCUGAUUUUCCGAGGAGGAGUCGAAUCAGACGAAUAUCCGUUCCAAGUGGCGGAACUUGUCCGCAGAAAAAUUCGUUUUCGUCCCGAGCUGUGCGCGUCGAUCGAGUUUCGUGUUUAUUUUAUUUUUUUUAUUUUCUCGAGUUAACUGACAAUUCGAACACGCCUACGUUUUAGAGCCAAAGAACUUGCAGAUACUUAAAUCACGCUUGGUGAAUUUUUCGAGGAGAAAAAACCACCAUGGGCACUUGAAAAUGAGUCGUUCGGAGUAGAUUUUAACCCCUUAACGUGAAACUAAUCCCACACACCCCCACUCGCGAGGACAGAUUACGAUCAUCGAGUACACGAAUGAUUCGCGAGCAAAAGAAAAUGAAAAACGAGACCUGAGAGCAUCAGCACGAAACGGGAGCACGCCGAAAAUAAUUAUUUUUUAAUAAUUAAACACCUUAGAUUGCGGCUAUAUAUUAGUUUCUUAGUUGGGUUCAUUUCAGCCGAUUGCAUACGAUUUUUUCUCUCCUCUUGUGUAAUUUGUAUAUGUUCAUUUCUUGCCUACAUUUUUUUUUUAUUGUUCUUUUUUUUUUUAAAUUCAUCUUUGGGAAAAGUGUUAUCAAAUCAUCAGAUUUAGUAUUGCUUGAUUAGCUCUUGGACCAUACGUGUUUUAGUGCGCAUGAUGUGUGUUAUGAUUACGAUUAUUAUUAUUAUUAUAAUUAUUGAUUAUCUUUACUUUGACCGUUGCUAUUAGCGUUAUUUACCAUUAUUACUGUAUCAUCAAGGCGUCACAAAGCUGCUACUUUAAUUUACUUUAAUUACUACAAUAUUAUUAUUAUUAUUAUCCAUCGUCGCCGUCGUCGUCACAUUAUGAUAUUAAAAUCGUAUUAAAUUAAUUACUGAUGUAUCGCCCUAUUGUAUACACGUAUUACCAUAAUUACCGUUAGUAUUAUCGUCACCAUUGUCACCAUUGUCGUCGUUAAAAACGUCGCCACGAUUACUGUAUGUGUUGCUGAUAUAUAUUAUGAUAAUUUUCGUUCGAAUGACAGAAAAACGGGUGCUACGUUACAGAAGGAACAUUAAUUCGAAGUAACGAAGACUCUGUCGCAGGUGUACGUGAAAUACAAAUGGUUCUACUUAUUUUUAUUUAAUUAAUUUUAAUUUUUUAAUCCAUUGAUUACAUCCGAAUAUUUUGGGAUUCUAAAAAAAAGUGGACGUCUAAGAUUUUUAACUUUUAAUAAGUACACAAUUUUUUAUUUACCAAUUAAACAGAAAGAGAAAAGUUUUCUUAUUAGUUGUCUAGAAUCGAUAAUAAAUGUGGUAGGCAGACAGGGUCGUCGAACUUCGAUCCCUUGCGUUUUAGCUCACUUGCCUGGGUUCUUAGAUGUUAGACAUUUUAAUCGCAUGGCAUGCGCUUAUAUUUUCAGUUGCCACUUCGUUCUUUUUGUUUAUUUUUUUUUUCAUUUUUAAAUUUUCUCUUUUACAUUCCCGUUCUUCAGUUUCCUUCCGUUUCGUUCGACUGCUAUAAGCGCCGUGCGAUUGCGUUUCUUUGGCGACAAACACUUUACACACCAUCAUUCGAACACACACCACACCACGUACCUUUGUAUCUUGAGGGAUUAAUCCAUGUAAUUUGCGAUUGUAUGUAAACCGAGUCUGUGAGUGUGUCUUUUAGGUGUAACGAGGUUUUUGUUAGGAGGAGGCUGCACGAAUGCUCGGAAAGCGAGGGUGAAUUUUCUUUUGGUAAGAGUUACAUCGGUUCCAGUAUUAUUUAUAUUAAUUUACGCACAAUGAUUAUUUUUACAGUGGACUGAAUUUUCUUAUAGGAUUUGUAAGGACAGCUUUUUGGAAACAUAGAUUUUUCUACGCGCAGACUUUUUAAUUUCAUUGCAAAGAAGAAUUAUCGAAAGACUUUGGAAAUUUUACAGUUUCAAGAUAGCAACGUAAGUUCUUUUUGUUUCUUUUUUUCCUCGUAAAAGAAUAUCAUAACCAGUUACACGAGCAUUGGACGUAAUAACAGAGGUCUACAUAAGAAACAUGUAGGCACGAUCCAUCAGGCUUUCUAUGAAUAGAAUGCUGUUACAAGAGUCUCUCUCUCGUGCUUUCUACGAAAAUGAAUGGCAUUUCACAAUUUAACUGUCGCGUGCUCCGGCCGUUCGUGUGGCUUCGCGUUUACGUUCAUGUAAACGAACCGUAAAGGGUUAUAUUUCGCGUAUGCUGACUCGACCGUAAGAUAAAGACACCGUGUGCUGUAUGCUUGAUCGUUUUAAGUGAUCGAUGAAUCCCAGGCUGGCCUAAAAUCUCGAGCGUGUUAGAACGACGAAUGUACAUUCUAUGUAUUAUAUUAUACUUAAUUGAUAGACGAGGAAUCUCAUGGUAGCAAGAUCGAAAGAUAAAAAGGAAUACUGUGGUUCCGAGUAGAAGCGGGUAAACUUUUUAUUUUAUAUUGUAUCCGAUAGAUUAAUCGAUUAAAGUUGAAAUUAUUCCUUGUGGAAAAUCGACGAUUUUCCUUCGAAUUUCAUACCUCGAACAAUCGAAUUCCUUUACGAAUAAACAACUUAGGUCAAUUUUGAAUAACACAAAAAUUCACGUCAAAGGGUUAUGAAUUCUAUUACAUCUCAGUUCUAAAUUUAACUACCCCCUUUUGUGUAAUUUUAAUUUUUUCAUUCUUAAAACAAUACCGACGAAGUGUACAUUAAAUUGAAAAGAAAGUAAAGAAAGUCACAAGUGGCCAAUCUCUCAGAAACCCAGUUGGUGAAGAAAGGGAUAACGAACCUCUUCUUUCCCGGAACCACGUGAGCAUCCUGUUCGCGAAUUCCGGCCGUGCAAGAACUCUGAAACGAGUCGUCGAGCCACGAACUUCCGGUUGAACGGCGUGUCGCGGGAGGCAAACCGAACCGAGCGAGCUGAGAGAGAGAAGCGUUUUCUUCGGAGCGUGGAUCGCGCCGAAAAGCGGUGCUCGUCGACGCGCGAAUCGUUUCUCGCCGACAAUAGACACGAAACAGAGAGAGAAAGAGAGAGAAAAAGAGAGAAAGGAAACCGAGGGGACGACACGAAAUAAUCGUCUCUGCUCACGAAACUCUUUAGUUUUCUUUUUUUCUUUUUUUCUUUUUUUUUUUCGAAUCGAUCUAGCCGAGCUUUGUUGAACGAGAGCCAACAGACAGAAGAGAGGGAAGGAGCCCUCUUAAUUUGUAGCAGAGAGAGCUCUGACCGUCCAGCCAAGCUCCAUUAGAAUGGGAAUCGAUUCGAGCGUGUUCUAAUGUAAUUUUGUCGAAGUUAAAUCGCUUUUCGAGAGAGAAUCCGGCAUCGAGAUUGCUUGGACCGUGAGGCACCCUCGCGCACCCUUUUUCUCCCGUUCCCGGACAUUUUGCUGGAAAAUUACUGAAUGAAAACGAGGAGCAAAAUUCAAAUCCAGCCUGUAUCAAAUAAUUUACACAGAGUUGAUUAAAAAUACCUCUGGGAAAGGUUAAAUAUACUUAACGAAGCAGGUCGAAACGAGAAUCUUCAACAUUAGCUGAUUAAGAAAAGGAAGAGAAAGAGCUCUCUUUUGGCUAUUAUUCGUCGUUCGCAUUUCUCGAGAAUUUCUUCGCGACAAACACCUCUUUUGUGCAUCGAACGCUUUCAUCCAGCGCCGCGUUUCUUCGCGCCUUCGGAAGCGAGGGUCAGAGAGUACAAGCCGCCUCUCUUAGGCAGCCCAUUUGCAUCCUCUUCGAAAUUAUCUCUGCUCGACGCCAGCUUCCUGAUCUUCCGACCGAAACAGUUUCCCAGCGUGGCGCGCUUUAAGUCGUAAAAUUACAUCGUCGUGAAUAGGGGUGAGAAAGAGGGAGACGAGAGAUCGAAGUGUAAAACAGGUUGCAGCUCGCAACACUCUUCUCUCUAUUGAAAGUUUUAAACGUUUCUAGCCUCGGGAGAGUUUUAAUCGCGUUAAAGUCGAACCAUUAUCCCCAGUUAUGCCGGUUAAUCUCGCAAUCUGCUUUCUAUCUGUCGCGUUUAUUCCUUCGACGAUGUCAGAGAUUCAGGCAGGAUAAACAUCGAAGUCUAUUUCGCUUCAUCUCCCUUCAAAUUCCCAUUCAAAUUUUUCUCAAAAAUGCUUUUUCAAUACUUCUGUCAUCGAUUUCCUGAAAAUAAACCGAUGAUACUUGCGAGUAUAAAUCCGCUCGAGGAACUCUAACUAUGUUCGUUUUGAAACAGAAGUUUCGUUAUAAAUAGACAGUUCUAACGAAAGGGAACACGGCGAGGGAUGAGACAGAUAUCUGUGAGAAGUGCAUCCGCGCUAGUUCGCAAUAUGAAGUGCAUGGUGCAAUGUCGAGAACCGUGAAUCUAUUUUCGAGGGUGGCACAUGGUACCAGAGAUUCUAACCGUCGCGAACUCGCGAUAACGCGAUCGUAGCUCGAGUGCCGUCUUCCUGGAAGAUUCUUAUUCCACUGUCAACACGUUGCAUCGCGAUCUUCCUGAUUUCGUUCUUCAGCGCGCUAUUCGAACAGAAUAAUCCGUUUGAAUUUUUAUAAAAUAUAAAAUUCCUCGCUAUUCGCAGUUUUCAAUUUUGUCUCCUCUUUUUAUUCGUUUCAUCGACCACGUUACGUUUUCAACCCCCCUCGUCAGUUUCGUAUCGGAUAUUUCUCUCUGAAAUGGCACCUGUACCUAGCCACGUAACAGCGAGUACUAAUAACAGACCAGGAAAGACCCUGUCAAUCGCAGCCUUCGAAUAGCUACGCUUUCUUUUUUUUUUUUUUCUUUUAAUGACAACUCGAAAUGAUCACCGACCUCGUCUACCCCUUCGAGCAUCCCUUAUUUUCUCGGUAUACAACGAUGUGUAUCCGACAGACUCGAGCUAACGAGGAUGAAUAAGAAACUUUAAUGACCCGUUGAAAUGGUGGCAUCGGUUCGUGAAACGAAAGAGAGUAAACUUUGAAUUUCUUCUUUUUCAAACGAACACACUUGCGAUACGUAUACAAUGUACACGUGUGUAUAUACGAAACGUAUAUAGUUAUGAAAUUUAAAUAUACAGAGAUAAAAAGUUUACAAUAAAGAGAAGAAAAAGAAAAAGGGAUAAAUGUUGCACGUGGUAGGUUGAACGUUUAGAUUUACAAAUUCCAACGUGUUUGAAUGAAUAACGUGUAAACGAGCAACACUUGUGAAUCCUUUACAAUGUACACGCGUGUGUGUACGAAACGUAUAUACAUAUGAAUAGACAGAGAGAUAAGGUGUUUAAAUGCGUGCAAGAAUAAUGUGCUAGCCUAGUGCCUAACAUACCGUAAUAUAUACACGUUCGUAUUUAUGACGAGGAUAACACAAGCGCGGUUUCCUUGUGAAACAUUUAUUGUAAAUAUAUUCAGUACGGAAAUAUAUGUAAUUGUGAGUGUUUAAGAAAUACAA